AUGAGCUCGAAACUUUCCAACGUGACGCCUUGUCAAUCUUUGCUGGCUGGCGCUACCGCAGGAGGAGUGGAAUCAUUAGUCACAUAUCCCACAGAAUUUGUAAAGACGCGACAGCAACUUCUCAGUGGACAUGCGAGAUCCCAAUCGCCAAUCCAAACCCUUACCUCCACCAUUCGAAAUCACGGCAUCGGUCGGCUAUACACAGGAGGUGCGGCGUUCUGCAUCUCCAAUGCAUCCAAAUCCGGUGUUCGUUUUCUCACCUUCAAUUUCGCACGCGACUACAUGCCAAGGGAUGUCUCAGGAAACACGACCGUGAGCGGCAACAUGUUGGCAGGUAUAUGCGCAGGUGUGGCCGAGAGUGUGUUGGUCUUGACACCAGGAGAAAAUUUGAAGACGCGGUUGAUAGAAGACCGUGCGGGGGCGCAUACGUAUCGAUCAUCGACGCAAGCUAUCCAUGAUAUACUGAGAAACGAAGGUCCCUUGAACUUUUACAGGGGAGUCUGGCCAGUAACGUUGAAGCAAUCGAGCAAUGCCAUGGUGCGCUUUACUAGCUACAACUGCUUGUCAGCUUCUUUGCAGGAUAUCGUUGGCGGCCCGACCAGCGCUGUUGCUGGCGCAUUGGCCGGUGUUAUCACCGUAUACUGCACCAUGCCAUUCGACAAUCUGAAAACGCAGUUACAGAGCCGCCAGGGUUAUGGCAUGUAUACAGGCUCAUGGGACUGUGCUAGAAAACUUGUGCAGCGUGGUGGUGUGUUAACGUUAUGGAGAGGAACGACGCCGCGCCUCGUUCGACUUAGUGUAAGUAGCUGAAGCCGCAUUCAUGAGGUUGAUACCAGACUGACAGCAAACGUAGGUCUCGGGAGCGAUU